GGUGUCGGUCGGUCGGUCCGUGUCGGUCGGUCGGCGGCGGGGCAGGAUGACGGCGAACGGGACGGCGGAGCCGGUGCAGAUCCAGUUCGGGCUGAUCAACUGCAGCAAUCGGUACCUGACGGCGGAGGCGUUCGGAUUCAAGGUGAACGCCUCGGCCGCCAGCAUGAAGAAGAAGCAGAUCUGGACGCUGGAGCAGGACGGGGAGGACUCCAGCGCCGUCCUGCUCAAGAGCCACCUGGGCCGGUACCUGGCGGCCGACAAGGACGGGCGGGUGAGCUGCGACAGCGAGGAGCCGGGCCCCGACUGCCGGUUCCUGGUGCUGGCCCACGGCGACGGGCGGUGGUCGCUGCAGUCCGAGCCCCACCGCCGCUUCUUCGGCGGCACCGAGGAUCGCCUCUCCUGCUUCGCCCCCGCCGUCUCGGCCGCCGAGAAGUGGAGCGUCCAUCUGGCCAUGCACCCCCAGGCCAACCUCUACAGCCUGGCCCGCAAGCGCUACGCGCACCUGGGGCCCCGCCGCGACGAGUUGGCCGUGGACCGCGACGUGCCCUGGGGCGUGGAUGCUCUGAUCACCCUCCUGUUCGUGGACCAGCGGUACAGCCUGCAGAGCUGCGACCACCGCCUGCUCCGCAGCGACGGCCGCCUGGUCCCCGCCGCCGAGCCCGGCACCGCCUUCACGCUGGAGUUCCGCUGCGGGAAGGUGGCCUUUCGCGACGGGGAGGGCCGCUACCUGGCCCCCUCGGGGCCCAGCGGCACCCUCAAGGCGGGCAAGAGCGCCAAGGUGGGCAAGGACGAGCUCUUCGCCCUCGAACAGAGCUGCCCGCAGGUCGUGCUGCGAGCCGGCAACGAUAGGAAUGUCUCCACCCGGCAAGGGAUGGACCUCUCGGCCAACCAGGAUGAGGAGGGUGACCAGGAGACCUACCAGCUGGAGAUCAACAAGGACACCAAGAAAUGCGCCUUCCGGACCUACACUGGGAAGUACUGGACCCUCACCUCCAAUGGGGGCAUCCAGUCCACUGCCUCCACAAAGAACGCGAGCUGCUACUUCGACAUCGAGUGGUGCGACAAGCGCAUCACCCUGAAAGCUGCCAACGGCAAGUACGUGACGGCAAAGAAGAACGGGCAGCUGGCAGCCUCCAUGGAGACAGCGGGUGAGACGGAGCAUUUCGUGAUGAAGCUGAUCAACAGGCCCAUCAUCGUCCUGCGGGGCGAGCACGGCUUCAUCGGCUGCCGGAAGGUGACCGGCACCCUCGACUCCAACCGCUCCUCCUACGACGUCUUCCAGCUGGAGUUCAACGACGGCGCCUACAACAUCAAGGAUACCACUGGGAAGUACUGGAUGGUGGGGAACGAGUCGUCCGUCACCAGCAGCAGCGACACCCCCGUGGACUUCUUUUUUGAGUUCUGCGACUAUAACAAAGUUGCCAUCAAAAUCAAUGGCAAAUACCUGAAGGGGGACCACGCCGGGGUCCUCAAGGCAUCGGCCGACACCAUCGACGCCUCCACCCUCUGGGAAUAUUAAUGCACUUUAGGGUACCUCCCGUUGCCAACUUCUCUUUCCCUUCCUCCGUCCUCUUUUCCUUUGGGUUCUGUUUCUCCUCUCUGUAACAGGAUUUUCAGACUGGCUUCUCCUUCCCUCCUGCCGUAGAGUUGGUGCGUUAUGUGGGAGGUGGAUCUCCGUAAAUCCCUGUAAGAACUGGAAAAGUGGUGGGGCAGCCUGCCUAUAGCUUUGUAGAAGGGUCUGUCUCUAUCCCCCAUCCCUGUUUCCCUCCAGGUUUGCUGGGCUUGGAAACCACUGUAUCCCCCUCCCAGCCCCGAGCAUCACCUUAGGUAGUUGAUUAUCCUCUCCUUGAUUGAAAAAAGGGAAUAAGAUCACCUCUGAGCUCACUUCUGCCAUAUCAGCACUGGCACUGCCUCAGUCUGUGCUGCCAGUGUCCCCUGGAGCAUCCUCCCAUCCUGCCCUGCUCCAACCAGGGGCACAGUGACGGUGCUGGGCUCAGCCAGCUCCUCCCGGCUCCUCUGGCAGCUUCUCUUCCCUCCUGGCUUUCAGGGCAGGUCCAUCCCCAGCUGAGCCGUAAGAGGUGACCUUACAUAUCACAGCAUCCCUGGGGAUGGGGCUGGUGUGUGCUGGCACACAUCCCUGCAGAAGGGCCAGCAAGCUGCCCCCUCCCCUCCCCAUACACCUGGAAAUGAUUCUUUAGGGUGAUCCCGUCUGGAAAGCCUCAGCCUUUCAUCUCAUAGAGCCCUGCGCUCCUCGUGUCCCUCUGCCCCUCCUCAUGCUUCUGGCUCUGGAGGAGCACCCCAGACCCUGAUGGUGGGUCCAGCCUGGCAGGUGCCUGCCCUGAGGCUGGUCCUGCUGCUGUGCCUGGAUGGGGGGGCAUGGGGGGACACAGAGCCAGCCCGUGCUGGGGUGGGGGCUUCAUCCAGCCCACCUCCCACGGGGCCUCGGUCCCAGCAGGAGCCUGGCUGGCCCACGUGACCUCCCCGGGGCGGUGGCUGGAAUCAUAAAGUGCAGAUUUUGGUUUACAGAAUAGAAAAGUUCCUUAGCAAACUUUGCACAGUGAUACUUGCUCAGUACCUUUGUUGUUUUUUUUCUUCCUCUCUCGUAAAAUACUGGAACAGUGAAGCGAAUCACUGAACACCUAAUGCUGAAUUAGGAAGCGCCUGCUCCCGCGGGCUCCCCCGAGGGGGCAGCUCCUGGUCCCGCCACCCCCGGGGCACCUGGGCUGGGCUCUCAUGAAUCACAACCCUACUGGAAAAG